UUGGUCCGUCGACAGAUGCUGCUAGGGAUUAAUCGUUCUGCCGCUGCCGCGGCCCUCGCGGGCGCGCUUUCGCGCUUCCUGGCCGAAUUUCGUGGGCAACGCGUUAUCGACCGCGCGCGCGCGCGCGCCCUCGGCGUUUCCCAGUGCAAAGUGCAGUGACGACUACUAUGAUACGAUCGGUGUGCCUUGCCGGUUGCGAUCGCCGGCGCGGCGGUUCGUCGCUCGAGGACGAUACCUGCGAUAAGCGAUGUCGCGAUAUCGCGGAAUCUGAAGUGCCAGUCGCAACUCGCCGCCGUGGCGGAGGCAUCAUGGGACUUUGAGCGCUUCCGCUGUCAUCCGCGCAGUCACGAAGCCGCGAAUUCGUCGGGCCGAGGCGCCUCGACAGUCGACAGCGGCCUCCGCCGACUCCGCGGAAUCUGCCGCGCUCCGGAUGGACCCGCUCUUCUUCCCGCCCCGGCGAGGAUGUCGAUCGUUAAUGGACGACGCGUGCCGCGCCGCGGCGACAUUUUCCAGCGUCACGGCCUGCCCGGCGUGCGUUUCAUAACGACCCCGCGGCCCUGGAUGGUAAUCCUCCGCUGAUAAACCCCGCCGGAGGUAGUCAAGGUCAUCAGACAGGCGUCUCACGGAUCAGCUCCCGAGAGCGACUGACUGACUGGUUACCCACGAAGAUCUCUCUCCGUCCAAGGACCCGUCGCAGCCCCGAGCCUGCGAAGAAACGACUCUGCGCGGGCCCGCAAGCACAAGUGAUAUUUCUAACUAUAGUUAACACGUAGAGCUUAGAGAGAGGAGUCAAGGAAAAACCGUCGUGUGAAACCGUCUCGUACCUUAUGUAUACAAAGAAACACGUAUAUCUACACAGACACACGUACGCAGCAUCCGAUGUCGGUGCUCGAGCCGAUGAUAUCCAGUGCUAAGUACAAGUGACGAACGAAGUGUGUUCAACGCGAUAUUACAGCCGCGAGCCACGGAGGGACGCCAAGGGGACCGUCGGUAGCGUCUGUGUGCGAGCUCCUAUAUACCGGGUGUACCGUGUGUGCGAGCGCGAUAGUGCGACACCUGCGGCGUGCGGAGAACACGAGAGGCGCAACAUGAGAGUGGCCAGGCAGCAUCCACUGCAUCUGCAAGUGCCGCGCGCUAACAAUGGCAAGUUCCUGCUCAGUCCCAACAGCAACAGUCAGGACGUUCAUCACCAUCAUCAGCAGCAGCAGCAGCAGCAGCAGCAGUCGUCGCAGCAGCCGGCCAGCGACGAGGCCAACGCGGUGUCGACGGUGGUCUUCCCCAGCUACGAGCCGGUGCCCCAUGACCUUCACGGUGGACCGACCGUACUAGGGGAUCGAUUCCUGCUUCUCGGACCGGCCGAGGGUAGCGCUCUUUAUCGUUGCUUGGACGUGCAGAGCGGUCAGCAACUCGUUGCCAAGGCGUUGACCGUGGGCGACAAAGGUUGCGAGGCGUUGCUGCAGGCCCACCUUCGUCUGGAGGGCACCGGCGCGGCGAGCGGGGUGGCCGGCGUUGUGGAGGCAUCCGGGGGCCGGCGCUACCUUCUGUUGGAGGGCCACCACGGCGACCUGCACGCCUACGUAAGGGCACGCAGGAGAUUGCGCGAGCCGGAGGCGAGGCGGCUCUUCCGGCAGGCUGCCAGGGCCGUGGCCAAGUGUCACGAGUACGGGGUCGUGUUGAGGGACCUCAAGCUCCGGAAGUUUGUUUUCGCUGACGAAGCGAGAACGCGCCUGCGCCUGGAGAGCCUGGAGGACGCGGUGAUCGUGGAGAACGACGACGACAAGCUGACCGACCGCAGGGGCUGCCCGGCGUAUGUCGCGCCGGAAGUGCUGCGCUCCGGGCGCGCCUACUCCGGCAAGGCGGCCGACAUCUGGUCGUUGGGCGUGCUGCUCUACACGAUGCUGGUGGGCCGUUACCCGUUUAACGACGCCGAGCACGCGUCCCUCUUCGCCAAGAUCUCGCGCGGCCUGUUCGCGGUGCCGGAGGGCCUGAGUCCGCGCGCCAAGUGCCUCAUCCGCUCGCUGCUGAGGAAGGAGCCGUCCGAGCGGCCGUACGCCGAAGACGUGCCGCUGCACCCCUGGCUGUCGAAGCCGCUGCGGAUAUGCGCGACCCCGGCCGGCAGGUCCUCCUCCGCGUGCCAGGACCAAGUCGUACCAGAGCUACCUACCAAUCCUCGACAAGACUGACUCCCUCGCGGGAGGGGAAUUAUUAUUAUCGCGCGCGCCAGCGCGUCGUCGCGAGCGCCUGGUCGUCAGCCUGGUGCUGGUCUCGCGCCGACGGCCGCCGUCGUCGUCGUCGGCUCGAGCCCUCGAGCCGAGAGGAGGGGCGGGUCAUCGCAAUCAAAAGACGGCGGAGCGAUGUGACCUUGUCGACCUUGCGGCUUCGUGGCUUCGUUUCUUCCGUUCCCUCCCGUCUUCUUCGUUUCCUCGCUCUUUCCUUCUUACCAUCGACACAUUGGCUGUGCUCGCGUGGGACAACCCUGAAGAGCUGUCUCGCGUCUCUCGCGUGUUAGUUUGUACACCGCCGCGCACUCGGGCUGGAGACGAGAGCGAAAGCGCGGCUGAGAAGGUUCGCCACGGGUGGAUCAGCGCGCGGAGAAACCGAGAGGCGCACACCUUGGCGGUCAAUGUGUUUUAACGGCAGCUGAAACACACACACAUACACGCACGCACACACACACACACACACACACACACACACACACACACACAACACACCUGCUUCAGCCCAGACUCGCUCGCGAGUAGAGUUCCCAAAGCGCGGAUUACAAGCGCGGCCAAGGAUGCCUGAUCCCUCUCCUUCUCGCCGGCGAAGACGGCCUAGAAUAUAAGCUUCGAAGAAAAAUAGAGAGUACCAACAUCGGAUAAGAAUAAUCGUUCUCGAUGGAAUUUACGCGGGGAGAGUGCGGCAAGGUCUAUCCUAGGCGCGGGUCCCCGCGGGGCGGGCCUCCUCCUUCGCGUUCAGCGCCGCAGCAACUUGCAGUUGAGAACGAAGUCGAAGCUGGGAACCUCGAGCGGGAUCGAGUCCACUCUAGUCUUGGGACAACUCAAGGUCCAAGCGCUGAACGGCGAGACUGUAAUUAAAGAGGAGUCCUCUCGCGACUUCGCGCUGUCGCAACUUUGCUCACUCUUCGCCAACAAUUUCGGAGGCAGUCCGACGCAAGUGACGACACACACACACACACACGCGCGCGCGCAUCUCUAUCGGCUGAAGAAUCGUAGAUUCGGCAGGAAACACCGCUGUUAUAACGGGCCAAAAUCGCUCUUUCGCGAGCACGCACGCGCCGCGUGCUCGCGAGUCCCUUUUGUGAUAGAAUCCUGCGAAUUCUAAGCGACUAAUGUGAUACACACAAAUUGCGACACAUACACGCACGCACACACGCACGCGGACGUGUUUCGCGAACGAGCGGAUCACUCGCGGUCGCCUGUCUCCGGAGUCCAUGUACGUUAAUCGUUGUCGUUCAAAACGAUCGGAUUCGAUGUUUGUAUCUGCGCGUUAGACUUACAUCCUCGACUUUCUCGACAUAUUUCGCGCGUGCGCCGCAUCUACACGAUGAUUUUUAUGCGCUAUACUAUAUAUAUAUAUAGAGAGAGAGACAGAGAGAGAUAUAUACAUAUAUUAUAUAUAUAUAUAUAUAUUAUAUAUAUACAUAUACGAUCGAUCCAUGUACAUACGGGAGCGAACAGCGUGUGUGUAAAUUCACCCGGGCGAGGGGAUUCGGAAUUCGUGUAAUGUAAAUUCAAGUAGAGAACCAGUGAGCUUUAUACGUAUGUAGCAAGGAUCACACGUAACGUGAAGCGACGGGCGAAUAGGGCGGGCCGGCUGCUGAGAGCUGAGAGAAGGAAGAGGCCUUCGCCUUCACCUUCGUUCGAAGAGAAGAAAAUCGGCGACUUAGCGCGGCAAUCGCUUCAUGACGACCGGCCCUGCGUUAAGCUAUAAUCGCAUUAGCGGUUGCCAAUUGGAUUACGAUUGCGAUUGGCGAUUGGCAAUUAAAAUAGAGCAUUGUCUAAACGGUAAUCACCAAUCUCAAUCGGCCUGUGCCUGUUUUGUCCUGAUCGGUUGAAAAGUAUAUUGCGCCAAUCGCAAUUGCAAUCCAAUCGGCAAUCCUAGUGUGGUUACUGCUUUACUGGAGCGAGUCGAAGCGCCCCGGGCGAGUCAGCGGCGGGUUUCCAAACCCUGAAGUCUGACUCGCGUUUCGGCCCUCCUGUUUCGCCGUUCGCUAUAUCGUCUAUCGAACGUCAAUCAAAUCUACUUAGAUGGGCAACACACAUCGAACGAGCGGACACGUGUCUCGCGCGGCUACUCGAGUUCUUGUCGUUCUCCGACCUAAAAACAUUGCCUGCACCGUUCAAGACUGCUUGGACAUGUGGCCUAUGUAAUUAACUCUAUUAGAGACCGAAACCGAAACGUCGAUCGCUGAAUUUCUAACUUAAGAACAAUAAAAGAAUACGCUUCCUGGGCCGCUCGCGACCGAACCGACGACGGCCCACGAAUACAAAUGUGUUCAUCGAGCAGCAAUGUUUUCAGGUGGAGUACUCUUAAAUAUAUAUAGUGAAAAAAAAAACAGAAACCGAGAUGAGAAUACAUCCUCUUCUGAUUAUAUCAGAUCUCUGGAAUCAUCGCUUGCGUGAUAUACAUACACACACACACACACACAAGCGCGCAGACACACACGGCUCACUAGGUAGGAAUCGACUAGCUCGGUGAUCGUCGGUGCGAUCGAGUUGCCUCGGUGCGAAAGCCGCGACCAGUCAAAGCAUCCGCAGCACGUCCCGGCUUGGCAGUGCACGAGGCGAAGGCAAAAACGCAGGAACGCGACGGCGUUAUCGAUCGAAGACAAGAUCGCGAUUCGAUCCUUAACUCGACCCUUAACUCGAUCCCUCACGUUCGACGAAAGUACCAUGUGUUCUUGUAUUUAAAGGUAUCUUACCUACCUACCUAUCUACAUACCGACCUACCUACCUACCUACUUAUCUACGCGAGCUCUUUUGUAACUUUGCCGAGAGGGUUAAGAAAGUAAGAGAGCGAGAGCAAGAUAGAGAGAGAGAGAGAGAGAGAGAGAGAGAGAGAGAUACUUUUCCUUUUUAUUUUGUAAUCCGCGAGGAACCCCUUGCGGUUCCGAGACUCCUCUCGUCGUAUUGUGUUUUCAGUCAGGGUACCAACGCGCCACGUGCGUUUCGACGUUUCAACUCUGUGUACAUAUAUGUUCGACUAAGUCCUGUCAUUGAAAUCAUUAAGUGCGAUAAGGGAAUAUCAUCUGUGUACAUAUAGGCAAAAUAAAGUGGCGUUUAUGAACGGA